UUAGCUUGACAAGCACACAGUGUUAAAGGUGGAAAAUGUUCUUUCGUUCCUAGAGUAUGCUGCCUUGUCGGGGACACCCCUAGGCCCUGAGGAAUAAAGGAUGACAGUAUUUAUAUUGCCGUUUCUUGGUUCAGGCUUACUCUUAUGGAUCUGGCCUUCGGAGUAUCUACAAUAUUCUAAACAAUAUUCGACCAGAUAAAGACUGAGCUAUCUGUCGCGACUUGAACUAAUCAACAAUGCAAUCAAGCCCAUUAAUGGGCUCCUGACUACAGCUAAUGAAAUAUAGCUGUUCCCAUCGUCAACAUCCCAAAGCCAAGGGAUUCAAGGCCGUGUUCGUGAACAUAUAAUAUAAACUAGAAACCACGAGAUAGUUUUAAGAUAUCCACUUUACGAUGUUCAGAAACCACGAGUCCGCAGUCCGCAGUCCCCAGUCCAUGCUUUAUACCAACCUCGACGAUUUUCAAAAGUGCAGAAGGCCCUGGGGACGCGGUUGCGGUAGCCGCGUACUCGAUUCGCGUACUGUGUAUGUCACAAAAAUAGAUACAGUCGAACCUCUUUAAUACGCGGACAAAGGAGCAGAUCUAACAGUGUCCUUGUUAUGGGCGGGAGAUGGCCGUAUUAUAAAGGAAGAGUACCGUCAGGGCAACGAAACGCCGUAAUGUGAGACACUGGUGAUGAGCGAAGGUGGUCGCUGGGACAUUUGAUUCUCGCUUACAUGGCAUGUUGAACGGACCAACUGCACUGAAGUGGGAAAUACACAGUGUAAGAGUGUGAAAUUAACUAAAAAAUUAUUUUACCUAAAGUGCUUUGCAGAUUUUGUUGAUAACAUUGUUACCAGGGCGAAAGAGCAGGUUUAUUGCCGAUCAUGCCCAGUGGCUUGCCCAGUGUCCUUCCGGACUAAUCGGCAAAUAAGCAUACAUGCCGGUAAAUAAGCCAUGUGCAAAACGUCAAAAUGGAAAAUAAUGGUUUGAAAUAUUGCCACAUUGAGGAUGAGGAUGGGGAAAAACUGGUUUGUUUUGGAUAUUGUUGCAACCCUUGCAAGACCAUCUUUUAUUACCUACUGGCCUGCUGCACUGGAGGAAUUGUUUUCCUAGUCUCCUAUUGGCGUCCAGACUGGGCACUCAAGAUCAAGUGUUCUCCUUGCUCUUUGAAUAAGGCUACACAUAUGCUCUUGAAGACUUGUUAUGGAGAUUGGUUUGUGGAAGAAGUCAUCAAUUUGGACAGAGUAAGAUCACCUUCCAAUCCAAGACUGUCACUCUCAUUUGAUGAAAGUGGUAAUUGCUGUGAUGAAGCUGAGAGGCUGCUCUCCAAUUCACAAUGUUGGACUUUACAAAGAAAGUACUUUUGCCAUAGACACCUAAGAUAUAUGUGGAGUGAAGGACAAGAGAGAUUUCAAUUUCUAAGGGGCCUUGAUGAUGGUACUUAUCCAGAACAGUUUUAUCGGUAUUCAUCUGGACUGUCACAAGAUGAAGUUCAAAAGAGACAGAAAAUGUAUGGUCCAAAUGUGAUUGAUGUUAAUGUCAAAUCGUAUGGAAGGCUUUUCCUAGAAGAGAUUGCAGAUCCGUUUUAUGUGUUCCAGUUUUGCAGUAUCAUCUUGUGGUCAACUGACGAGUAUUAUUAUUAUGCGGUGACCAUUUUAAUUGUGUCCCUGCUUUCAAUUAUCAUUACAGUAUACCAGACAAGAAGACACCUUGUGACGUUAAGGGACAUGGUGGCAGUGUCAGAAACAGUCACUGUGCUACGUAAUAAUGCAGUUCAAGUGGAUGUCACAUCUGAAGAACUUGUCCCUGGUGAUGUGCUGGUAAUUCCACCAAAAGGCUCCCGAGUUCACUGUGAUGCUGUUCUUAUAAGUGGCAACUGCAUUGUGAAUGAGAGCAUGCUAACAGGUGAAAGUGUACCAGUCACAAAGACUCCAUUACCACAUGUAAAAAGAUUAUCAAGCAAUCCAUUGGAACAAAGAGAAGAACAAUAUAAACCUGAUCAACACAAGCGACACACCCUUUUUAAUGGCACAACAGUAAUACAAACCCGUUAUUAUGGUCAUGCUAGAGUCCUGGCAGUGGUUGCUAGAACAGGAUUUUCCACAACUAAGGGUGGCUUAAUUCGUUCCAUCCUUAGUCCAAAACCUGUAGGCUUUAAGUUCUUCAGGGACUCCAUUCGGUUUAUUGGUCUUUUGGCAAUUCUUGCCAUAGUUGGAUUCUCAUACAGUGUGGUCACCUUCGUAAAACAAGGGAUGUCUGCCGGUCACAUCCUGCUGAAAGCGUUAGACAUUAUUACUAUUGCUGUUCCACCUGCUCUUCCCGCAGCAAUGUCAGUAGGGAUUGUUUAUGCCCUUCAGAGGCUAAAGAAGAGACAGAUAUACUGCAUAAAUCCAUCAAGAAUCAACAUAUGUGGAAAACUCAAGCUGUUCUGCUUUGAUAAGACUGGAACAUUGACUGAAGAUGGUCUGGACCUGCUGGGAGUUGUACCAGUCAAAGCUGCAAGAUUUGGUUUAAUGAUACCUGGGGAUGAAAGUAUUCCCCAAGGUCCAAUGUUGACUGCCAUGGCAACUUGUCACUCGCUAACAGUAAUAGAUGGCAAAUUGACUGGUGAUCCCCUGGAUCUUAGGAUGUUUGAGGCUACCGACUGGAUCCUUGAAGAACCUGGUGAAGACAAUACAAAGUUUGACAACAUAGUUCCGACUAUUGUUAAACCCAAAACUGCUGAGGAGUUCAAUGUCGAAUCUGCUUUGCGGGGGCAUACACCAUAUGAGAUAGCCAUUGUUCGCCAGUUCCCAUUUUCAUCAGACCUCAAGUGCAUGAGUGUUGUGUGCCGCACAUUAGGAGCGCCUAACAUGGAUGCAUAUGUUAAAGGUGCCCCAGAGACCAUUGCAAGUUUUUGUCAACUACAAACUGUUCCCGUAGAUUUUCACGAUGUUCUUCAACACUAUACCCUGAGUGGUUACAGAGUACUAGGUUUAGCAUGGAAACCAUUAGAUAGAAAAUUGUCAUGGCACCAGGUCCAUCGAGUCACACGGGAUUACAUAGAGACAAAGCUGAUAUUCCUAGGGCUUUUGAUCCUUCAAAAUGCUCUCAAACCACAGACUUCACCUGUCAUAAGAAUGCUUCAUAGUGCUGAUAUCAGGACUGUGAUGGUGACAGGAGAUAACAUGUUGACAGCAGUGAGUGUUGCUAGAGACUGUGGUAUGAUUGGGUCUUCUCACAAGGUAGAAAGAUCUGUUCCUUUUUUUGUCACAUCCUAGUUUGUUUACAUAUUCAGUAGGUACACAAAUCUCAGUAUAACUAUCUUUGCAUCCUUGGAGACCAAUGGUUACUUAAAUUGGUAAUGACUUGAAGCAAGCCAAGAAUGAUAAUAGGGUCAACAAAAAUUUACCAUGAUAGCACAGUAGCCCCUGGGCAGUAAGUCUUAUCGGAAUACUUCCUAAUCUAUUUUGGAAACCUGGUCACUUAUUGAAAAUUUGUGCCAUGGUCAUUUGUGUACCCUGCCACUGGUCUUCUUUAUCUGACUGCACCUUGUUUCUGCCUUCCUAUUCAGCAUUGCCUUUUCCAUAAAAUAUUAUCACAAUGUCAGGCAUGUUUAAACCAUGAAAUGGUGAAAUGACCAAAAUUAAUGGCACUACAGGUACAUGUAAGAGCCACUGUGGGAUAUGGAUAUCUGUAGGGGUUAACCCUUAAAAUAAUUGAGAACUAGCCAAUGUCAAGUCCCUGAUAUUAAGGCUAACCUAAGUGCUACUUAGGCUAACCAGAGCACAAUUUAGGCAACAAUGUAGAUUCUUACAGCAAAUUGACACAAUAUCUAUUGAUCGCCAAAUUAAAAGAUGGAAGUUCACGAUGCUUUUAGGCCAUUGCUUUCCAAGCUGUUUAUUUUUGUGGUUUGUUUUUCUUUUUUUAUCGUAUCAGGGAUUCGCCAUGUUCUUCACAAAGCCAACAAUGAAGCCAAAGGGCUGGGAGGGGAGGGUAAGGAGUGACAUACACUUGUAGGGAAAGGAAGAGAGGUAAUCAAACUUAAUGCAGUUGAACCUCCAGUUGAAACCACCUCUCAUAAGCAGCCAACUCUCCUCAGCAACCAGUUUUCCAAAAAUAAUACCAAAAGUUUCC